AUGGACAGAAGAGCGAAAGAAGCGUGGGCAGGGGUAAAAGCUUUCAUCUCAACACAAAAGUCGUAUUAAUUUAAUGCCAGGUUAAUCUUGUAUUCGGAACACCGCGGCAGAGGUAAGGAACUUGCUCAAGUUUUCGAAUUAUUUACAAUGCCAAUUAAAAGUUCGGGGGGCCGUAUCGCUCCCGAGAGGAAUGGAUAGAACGAACUUUGCUGAAAUUCGUCCGGUUCAACUGGAUCGUUAAAUUAGCUGCACAAUGGUACGCCUUGUCCUCCCCUUUUAUUAAUUGCCGCUUAUUAAAACUAACCGCCGUUCAACCCGGCGCUCAAAUGCCAGCCAUUCGAACGAGCCGACGAGCUUUCGUGUGUGUGUGUAUAUAUGUAUAUAUAUUCGAUUUAAUUCCAUGACACUCCCCUUUAUUAUCACGGAACGAGGAUAGUUCAGAGUUCGGACGCUUUGAGUUCGUAGGGAUCGAGAGGAUGAAACGAGAGGUAAAUGACACGGGCCGCGGCGUGUUAAGCUAAAAACAGAUUACCUAAAAUAAGCGUACUGUUUAUGUCGACGAUAAUAUUGUUGGAUGAGUACGGCAGCGUGUCUCUCCGCUUCCUCUUGCCUCUGGCGUCCCUUGUAAUUUCGGUAGGCUUUCUGGAUCAUUCGAGCGGCGUGAUAAAGCUCUCUUUGCUCGCGAUCGGACAACGUGAGCCUGCUCAGAUCCGCUUCGCUCCCGUCACCGUUUCCGUUACCUCCACCACCUGACACGGUCCCGCAAAUCCCAGAGCCGAUCACGCUGCCGAACUUCCGGUCUCCUCCGCUCGAAUAGUACUGGCCGUUCUGACCGUUAUUUCCGUCGAGCUGCAACUGCAGCUGCAAAAACUCGCAGAAGUCGGCGGUGGUGGGCGGUGGAGAUGGCGAGUCCGGCGUGAGGCAACUGCUCGACGGACUCGAUGGACUAGCAUCCGCGUCAGCGUCCGAGACUGACGCCGCACCUCCGCUGCACUCUCGAUACGAGUCGAACAAUUCGCCAGAAUCGAGCGGCUAUAAGAAUUACGAUCGCCAAGUGGCA